UAUGCAUGGGCCCCGGCGUUUCUGGAAGGGAGGGGAGAUGGGGCGCCCCCCAGACGCCCGCAGCACGCCAGCCCCGGCGGGCACCACAGCUGUACCCGGGCUCAUUCCGGACCUCAUCGCCAGGCUGCCCUGGCCCCGCUGGGUGCUCGUCGCCGUUGCUGUGGCUGUUGGCGUCCUCGCCGUCUCCUGCUUCCUCUGUGUCGUGUGCUGCUGCCUCCGUCGCCGCAGCCGGGGCCGCAAGAAGAAGCCCAGGGACCAGGGGGCUGUGGGCCUGGCCAGCCCUCAGAGCACCACCAGCACCCACCUGGUGCAGCCGGACGUGGGCGACUCGGAGGCUGCCCCCGGGGGCCCCCAGGACUGGGGGCGCCUGCUGCUCUCCCUGGGGUAUGACGUUGGAAGCCAGGAGAUCAGGGUGGGCCUCAAGCAAGCUGCAGACCUGAGGGCUGGGGGCCCGGGCGGCACGGCAGACCCCUACGCCCGCGUCAGCCUCUCCACGCAGGCGGGGCACACGCACGAGACCAAGGUGCACCGCGGCACGCUGCACCCCACGUUCCAGGACACCUGCUGCUUCCACGUGGCGCAGCACGAGCUGGCUGGGGUCGCCCUGCAGGUGCAGCUGCUGAACUUCAGGCGCUUCUCUGCGCACGAGCCGCUGGCUGAGCUCAGCCUGCCGCUGGGCGCCGUCGACCCACAGCACGUCCUAGAGCGGUGGUACCAGCUGGGCCCGCCGGGCACCACGGAGCGCGAGCGCUCAGGUGAGCUGUGCCUCUCGCUCCGGUACGUGCCCAGCUCAGGCCGGCUGACCGUGGUCGUGCUGGAGGCCCGAGGCCUGAGCCUGGGACUGGCAGACUCCUAUGUGAAGGUCCAGCUCAUGCUGAACCAGAGGAAAUGGAAGAAGAGAAAGACAUCGGCUCGGAAGGGCACGGCCACCCCCUACUUCAACGAGGCCUUCACCUUCCUCGUGCCCUUCAGCCAGCUCCAGAGCGUGGAUCUGGUGCUGGCCGUCUGGGCCCGGGGCCCGCAGUUCAGGGCCGAGCCCGCGGGCAAGGUGCUGCUGGGCGCCCGGGCCUCGGGUCAGGCCCUGCAGCACUGGGCGGACAUGCUGGCCCACGCCCGGCGACCUGUGGCCCAGUGGCACCGCCUGCGGCCCGCCAGGGAGGUGGACAGGGCCCUGGCCCAGAAGCCGCGCCUGCACCUGCCCUUGCCUGGCUCCUGAAAGCGUCCCGGGGGCCACGAAUAAAUCCCUCCUCUGGCUGCAGCACUGUGUCUUUCCUGAGCCCUUGGGGACCUGGCUCUAAGCCCAGGACUUCAGGAUGGGGGA